CAAGUGCAUCGAGCGCGUACCGAGCGCGCAUAAGCGUUUAUAAUCUUGAUCUUUGCCGUGUGAGUGUGAGAAAAACACGGUUACACGAGGAUGCGAUGCAUCUGUCCCGAUUACGAUGCUACGACAUAUGUACCUUUCAUUCUCACGUGUUCGAGGAACAUCUCUAGUGCCGCGAUUAUAAUUGCAGCGGUAUAAAAUGUCAGCACAGUUAAGCAUGCAAGACAAGAAGGAUUUGGAGAAGUUUACCAAGUAUCUUGCGUUGAGGGCUGCCCAAGUUAUAGUACAGUCAAGAUCGGGCCAGAAAGUCAACACCACGUGCAAGCCAGACUCAUCAGCUGGCGACUGGUUUAAUCUGGCAAUAAAGGAAUUACCAGAAGUGUCAGCUGAUGCUAAAAGGGCAUUAUGCGGAGAGAUAGUAAGCUCAGCUGUACCUCUAUGCAUAGAAAUUUCUCUAAAAACAGUAGAGGGCGACAAGAUGGUAUUAGAAACUUGGAGCCUCAGCGUUUUGCCAGAGCAAAGUGAUCCGGCUAUACGAGUAACAUAUACUGUUUAUAACAGAAUGGGGAUUUUAUUAAAGUCCUUGCUUUCUGUAUCAAGAGUUACGCCUGCUUACAAAUUGAGCAGACGUCAAGGACCUGACUCGUAUACCAUGUGCUAUCGAAUAUACAUGGGAGAGCCUCAACUACAUAAUUUAGGUGAUAACUAUAAACAUGUAAGAGUAGGUCAAUUGUGUACUCCAGUAGGCACUAUACAUUUGUCAGUCUCUUACAGAACAAAAAUGACUAUAUCGCCCACUCACAAGGGACGAGAUUCUAUUAUGCUUAAGAGCGAUCAUUUUCAUUCGGACUUAAGUCCACGUCAUGCACGAUAUCAACAAAGCGAAGAAACGUCAAAGUCACUUAGUGACACCAUUAAAGUUGGCGCAUUUGUAAUAAACAAGCCUGUCAUUGUUAAUGAGGAAGAUCUUGUGAUACCAGAUGUACCAUUUAGUUCGCUAUUAACACCCAAACAAACGUCGCCUCCUCCAAUAUCACUAGUAGAACCUAAUACAAAGACUACAAUGGCAGCUACAACUGAUAGCAACAAUGGAAAUAACGAGAGACUUAAUAAUGAUAAUACAACUUCAAAAUGCGCAUCCCAAAACGGAUCUAGAAGGAGUAGUUGUUCAAUGACUAGCGCCAACGAUGAUUUUAUUAUGGUAGAUUUGAAAACUCCCUUCGCUGUCACGAAUACUAAUAGCGAUGUAGGAGCGUUUUAUCGGGAAUGUCAAAGCGCUCCGCAAUUGCAAGCCUUUAUGGAAGAAAGGACGCUUGCAGAACAAUUGGGAGAUCUCACUAAACAAUUGGAAACGUUUGAGACAAAUAUGCAACAUUAUGAAGACAUUUUAUCAUCUUUAUAUCACACAGAAAAUAAUAAUUAAAGUUGGAGAAUCUGUUAACAAAUAACCGAUUCAAACAAAGACUCGAUUGUACACAGCUUUUGUGUAUAAAUCAAUCAUAUUAAAGUGGAUGUACAUUAAAUGAA